AUGUCGCAUCAUCCGAAGUCAUGGCAACUCGCGUGCGCAAUGUUUGGGGCACUUUCACCAUGGCCCCCCCCCCUCAAGGCGCCACGAUGCCCAUUGCUGGACGCAGGCACGCUCACGCGGGAUGUUGGCAGCUCGUACGAAGCGGUGGGCGUCCUUGACUCGCCGUGGGUGGCAGCAACGCUCCUCGGUGCCGGCAGCGCCUCUCCGUUCACAUGUCGACGUUGCCGAGGACUGGCCGCAUGGCCACAGCGAAAAGUUCCGUCAAAGAAAAAUUCGCGAAAAAAACGAAACCUCUGGACAGGGAUGCUCGCACGCUGGAACUGGAUGAUAUGCACGCAGCAUCAGAUCAUGGAAAAGCGUCCAACCAGCCGCGACGUGGCCGUUGCAAGGCCUGGAGAAUGGCAUCAAUUGAGGCGGUCAGCUGGCGGGACAGCUGUGACGACCCGCCCGUGUGCAGGCAGAGGGAUGCCAAUGCCAAUGGAGGGGCGGAUGAGGGACGUCAACCACGGCGAGAUUGACACCCGUCGCGGAGGUUUAUCGGCUACGACGCAUUCCCACAAGCAUGGUUUAGCAAGGCCCACUUAUCUCGUGCCCGGCGCCAGAUGUUAA